AUGCCACCCCCAUCGACCGCACCAGCCCCCGUAGACCCUGCUCAGAAUACGUCCGCGGACGACGAACCUCUCACCUACAAUGAACAGCUCAAUGCCGCCGACCGCUACUGGAAAUUCAAGAUGGCUUUGAACAUCGCACUAAUCCUUGCUGGCAUCAUCGGCAUCGGUUGCAUAGCCUGGGCUCUCGACACGGCCAACAGAUUGCUUUCCGACUACAACUACGGCUUCGAUAGCACCUGGUCUCUGCCCUGGGGUCUAAUCACAUUCUCCAUCUCCAUCAUCUGGUGCAUGCUCUGCAUCGCCCUAUUCGUCUUCCGCAAGCGCCCCGUCCACCCCGGCGUGCGCGUCACCAUGGACUUACUCCUCUGGCUCGGCUUCCUCGUUACCGCGCUCUUCACCCUGGUUGCACUCUUCGACGUCCUCUACUGGGGCGAGGACGGCUCGUUGGAUUAUUCGAGUAACUGGAGUAGCAGGUAUGGCGGUUAUGUCCUGCAGAAAAACAACACCUGGGUGUGGGAGCAGAGCAGUAGUUACUCGGGCGUCACGGGGUUCGAUCGCUCGUGCAACGGCUCGUCUAGCAGCAACAAUUACUACUACACCAACCUUCCCUUCCACAACUGCGCGGAAAUGGAUGCGUAUGUCAACCAGCUCUGGCAGGAGAAGCCGAAUCGCGCGCGUGUCGAGCUCACGGGUGUCGUGUGCCAGUUUCUCGGUCUGGUGUUGCACUUUACGCUUUUUGUCUGGGCGUGUGUGGACUGCCACAAGCACCGGCACUCCAAGGUAUCAAAGGACGCGGAGAAGAUCGCAGCGGGGAUCGUCGAGAACAUAGUCCGGGGCGGUGCAAUUGUUCCGCCGCCGGGGCAGGCACAGAUGUGCAUUGCUGGGUGGCAGCCAACAUAUCAUCAGUUGCCGAGUCAGUCGAAUGGCUUUUCGGGGCAAGGACAGGAGUUUGCUGUGCAGGGGCAACAGCAUCCGAUGUAUGCGCAGCAGAUGGGAGGGCAGGGCAUGAGCAGGCGCAAGCAGGACCAAGUGAUGACAAGGCUGGGGGUGUUGCGGCGAGUUACUACGAGCCUGGGCGGUAAUGGGUGUGACAGGAACGGAGGAUGA